AUGUCUUCCUCCCAAUCCGCCAAAACAACCCAUCUCAUCAGAAAUGCCUUGGAAUCCCUGCAAGAUGCCCUUCAAUCCGACACAGACCUCGCCCUCUCUGACUUCGAGCUCCUUACUGAGAUGAACCACGCCGCGGCUGAACGGUAUAGAGGGAUGGCUAAUGCGGCGGAAGGAUUAAGGACCGAUUCGGAAUUUUUGCAGGAACAAUAUAAGGAUAUCAAAAAGUACGUUGAGCAGGUGGAUGAAGUGUCGAAACAAGUAAAGGAGUUGGAGGGUGUUGCGAAGGAGCUGGAUGAGUGGUCAGGAGAACUAGAGAUCAAGUGCCGGCGACUCUUCAAGUAA